UCGCGAGUAGUCUUUCUACCUCCCCUAUUCUUGUCCAGAGAACCAAGGGUGCGGCUAACCCCGGGAGGACGAAGAGAAAACCUGUUUUCACCAUUAGAAGCAAGUCACACGUUCGAACGCCGAAGUGGUUUUUCUUCUCGGGGAAAUAUUGAUUUCACAACUACGUUUUCGAUUAUGAGGGAGAUGCACCUCUUGCCAUUCAUCGCACUUCUCCUUCUUCUUUUCGUUUACUCGCCAAUCGUUGCUCUUGGCGACCAGCUCAGUCCAAAGGAGUGCGAAAAUCUAGGGUUCACCGGCCUCGCUCUCUGCUCCGAUUGCAAUACUUUUGCACAGUACAUUAAGGACGAAGAAUUGGUAUCUGAUUGCCGCAAGUGUUGUUCAGAUGAUACUAAUGAUUCCUCGAGCAAGGUUUCAUUUUCUGGUGCUAUAUUAGAGGUUUGCAUGAGAAAGCUGGUUUUUUACCCUGAUGUUGUGGCAUUCAUUGAGGAAGAGAAAGAUCAAUUCCCGUCUGUCAAGGUUCAGUAUGUGUAUGCUUCACCUCCAAAACUGAUAAUGCUUGAUGAAGAUGGAAAACACGUGGAAACAAUAAGAAUUGAUAACUGGAAGCGGGAGCACAUUCUACAGUUUCUGAAAGAGAAGGUGAAGGCUAGCUCGAAGGACAACUAAAAUUUCUCCCUACCCUCCGACCAAUUUGCCAAAAUUGCAGGUUUCAUCCAAUCAUUGUUAAAUCUUGACUCUAUUUUUUUUUAUUUAUUUUUUUUUUUUUUGCAAAGCACAAGGUAUGCAAUGCUUCUGUAUCGAGUCUCAAAUAAGGAUGAACACUUCAGAAAGUGGCAUUUAUUUUGAUAGAUUUCUUGGAGGCUUUUAAAAUUUAUGAAGUACAU